CGGGAGAGACCCCGGGCGGAGAGACCCCGGGCGCGGAGAGACCCCGGCCGGGAGAGACCCCGGGCGCAGAGAGACCCCGGGCGUGGAGAGACCCCGGCCGGGAAAGACCCCGGGCGGAGAGACCCCGGGCGCGGAGAGACCCCGGCCGGGAAAGACCCCGGGCGCGGAGAGACCCCGGGCGGGAGCACGAGAAUCCCGCGCCCAUGACUCGCGCGCGGAUCCGCGUCUCGGAACGGAAGCUCGCAAACCCUCGCAGAGUUUAGUGCGGAGAGAGGCGAACGUAGCGGAGAGCGGCGAGUGGGGGUGUUGAGACGCGGCUUGCGAGAGAGGAGAGAGCGGCGAGAGGAGCGCAACGCGGAGUAGCCAAGCGAGGCUGCCGGGACACGCGAAUGGCGUUCCCGGGUCUGGGAUGCGCCCCGAUGCUCCGAGGCGUCGAGCGAGGAGGCCCUCGCCUCGACCCCGCGGGGAGCCCGCCCUGCGGUGGCGGUGGACAUGGGGGGGCCACCUCGGGACCCCUUCUGGGGGCUACCGCCGCCUCCCUCCUGGGACUAUACGCCAGUCCCUACGGGGGUGGCCAGGCGCUGUGUGGAUACCUCCCCUACGCCGGCGAGCUGCACGGAUUCUUCCCUCAUCUGGCCUCUCCGCUGGACGUGAAGGGCGGCCUAGGGCCGGGCCUCGUGUCGUGCGGCCCUGCCGCCCAACCUCCGGGCCUCUACGGCCUCUACCCGGGGCCCCCCGCGGGGCCCCCGCCGGGCUGCUUCUCGCCGUACGGCCUCGGCGGCGACCACGGGCGGCCCAAGAACGCGACGCGCGAGAGCACGGCCACGCUCAAGGCGUGGCUGAGCGAGCACCGCAAGAACCCCUACCCCACCAAGGGCGAGAAGAUCAUGCUGGCCAUCGUCACUCGCAUGACGCUCACGCAGGUCUCCACGUGGUUCGCAAACGCGCGGCGCCGCCUCAAGAAGGAGACGCGCGGCGGCCCCCGCGACGCGGACGACCUCGAGACGAGCGCCAGCGACGACGGCUGCGGCGGGGGGCGAGGCGGGGGAGGGGGCGAGGGGGAGGGAGGGGCAGCGGUGGUCGGUGCGGGAGGCCUCCGUGACCCCGAGCGACCCCCGCCCGGGUCGUGGACACGCAGGGACGAGGAGGAGGAGGAGGACGACGACGACGACGACCUGGAGAUCGACCUCGAGAACAGCGACGGGGAGCAGCGGCGGCGGCGGCAGCAAGAGGAGGAGGAGCGGCAGCGCGGCGGCCUGCACGGGCGACUCCUGGGCGCGGAGAGGCGCCGCGCCAGCAGCAGCAGCGGCGGCGGCGGCGACGACGACGACGAGGGGGAGUCGGAGUGCGAAGGGCGCAGCGGCACGGGGGGGGGUCGGAGGUCGCCCGCGGGGCCCGCAUCCCCCAUGCGGGCGGCGGCCCUCGCGGAGAGGAGGGCGGCGGACGAGGGGCACCGGCGGCGGCGGCAGCAGCAGCAGCAGCAGCCGCCAAAACCCAAGAUCUGGUCCCUGGCAGAGACGGCGGCCGCCCCGGACGCGCCCAGGGGCGCGCUCGCCCCGCUCCUCGCCUACGCCGCUGCGCGGCCCUCGCGAGGCUUCUCCGCCUGGGAGGCCGUGCUGCCCAGGGGCCCCGGCCUCCUGCAGGGGCCCCUAGACGGUGCCCGGGACGGGCCCCGGCUCAUGGACUCCACGAUUGCGGAGUGCAGGACAGAAUUCCUCCGCGUGGCGACGCCGUAGCUGGCACGGCGCUCGUUCUGGGACGCGGUGCGAGAUGCUCCCUCACGUGCGGGCCUCCCGCGAGGACCCCAGGUGUAGGGGUCUGGGGGGGGUCCGGGGGGGUCCGGAGGGGUCCGGGGCCCCUAGCGGAACGCUCGAGGACACAGCCUCAGGAUUGGGUGCCGCUCCACGUGGGGAGCUGCCCCCCCAGGACAGGGGUCGAGGGGCUACGGAUCCCUGCCGAAGGCCCCCCCCCGCCCCCAGCGAAGGGGUUCUCACGGGGGGAUUGCGCAGAUCCCCGGCGGGGACCCUCGGGCAAGUGGGGGGGUGGGGGGGGUUCACCGCGGGGCAGCGUGGGGGGGGGGGUGCCCGGCAGGCCCCGUGGACAUGGCGGGACUGUGUGCGUGGGGGACGAGCCGGGACGUGGGCGCGGCGCGCGCGCGUGCCGUGUACAGAGUGGGCGCCGCGAGGGCUCCGCGCUGCCUCCUGUGCCGCUGCGUUGUCGAUUUUUGGAAUAAAACCACUCGUGGCCCACGA